AUGAAACCACACACGCAAACAGCAGCUCCUCCCCUGACAGUAAAGAACCUUAGUAGUCAGACCCUUUCACCCGCCGAAACAGCCAUCCUUGCCAAAGGACACAACUUUGCAGUCACCCCCUCCAGGAUCCCGACAGAAGAGAUCAUCAGCCAAAUAGAAACCGCCAUCUUCCAUCUCCCACCUGAAGCAGGAAACAACAUCAGACAGCAGUCAGCCCAGAUCCUCCGAAAAGCCAAACUUUCCAUCCAAAACAUUAACAGGGAAGAACGACUAGCGCUUCGAAGCAUAAAACAGAAUGACGACAUCCUCAUCCUACCGGCGGACAAAGGCAACACAACAGUGGUGAUGGACAAAAAAGACUACCACAACAAAGUCAACACCUUGCUGUCCGACGCCCAAGUCUACAAAAAACUAAAACGCGAUCCAACCACUAGCGUAGAGAAGAAAACCUCCUCCCUGAUCAAAAAGGCGAACCUCCCUCCGCUAACCACGAAAUACCUGACCCCCAGUGACAGCUCAGCACCCAGACUAUAUGGCCUCCCGAAGAUCCACAAAGAAUCAGUCCCCCUACGGCCUAUCGUCAGCAACAUCGGGGGCCCCACCUACCAACUAGCCCGCUACCUCACCAAACCCCUCCAAAAACUUACCGGCCUCAACGACUCCCACAUCAGGAACUCAACUGGACUUCGUGAACAGAAUAACCAAGACAAAAACCAAGCCCAACGACAUCCUGAACACUGCCUCAACUCCACCUAUUUCCGGUUCGAAGGAGAAUUCUACGAACAAACCACGGGAGCAGCAAUGGGAUCCCCGAUAUCACCCAUCAUCGCAAACAUCUUUAUGGAACACUUCGAGAAUGAAAUCCUGAAGAAGGCCCCACUAAAACCCUCCACAUGGUCCCAGUACGUGGACGACACCGUCCAGUACAUGACGACCUUCUUCAUCUGGAACCACGGAAGGGAAACUCUACCUCAUUUCCUCACUUUCAUUAACUCCCAACAUCCCAACAUCCAAUUCACAAUGGAGACCGAACAGAAUUCCCAAAUCCCCUUCCUGGAUGUCCUGGUCCGUAGGAACGAAGACGGCACCCUAAGCCACAACGUCUACCGCAAACCAACACACACGGACCGAUACCUCCACGCAAACUCCCACCAUCACCCCGCCCAAAAGAAUUCGGUAAUCAGCUCUCUAGUCCACAUAGCACUCUCCAUUUCGGAACCAGCCGCCCUGAACGGAGAGCUAAACCACCUUCACCGAACCCUGACCAGAAACGGAUACAGCAGCAGAAACAUCAACCGUACCAUCAAGAAGCUGACCAACAAGGAAUCCGGCCAGAACAACAACACGACGCCAGAGACAGAGAAAGAGAAGAUUAAGGCAAUGAAGAAAAAAUGCGAAUAA